CUCAUGCCAGCCUGCUCAUAGCAAUGCUCGGUAUUUAUGUUUCGUCUCUGGCGAGGUCCCACUUGCUUGCGUCGUGUCGUGCUUUGCGCACCAGCCCUCUGACUCGGCGUUCGGUCACAACCCUCGCAAGCCCACGGUCGCCAAAUCCUUUUGGCCCCCAAGCGUCGUUCUUUUUCAACAACAAGCUAUACUCUACCCAAACACAAAGGUCAACAUCUCCAGCCACACCCCAGACGCCAAAGAACACAUCCAUACUUUCACGAAUCCUCCCCUCUACAUUCCGUUCUGCAUCCGCCAGCACCAGCAAUGCCUCCUCCUUUCGCAAGGUCGUCGCGCUUGCAAGGCCUGAGCGGAAAGACCUCACGAUAGCCGUCGGCCUGCUUCUCGUCUCCUCAACCGUGGCGAUGAGCAUACCGUUCACGAUUGGAAAGCUCAUUGACUUCUUCUCGUCUCCUAAUCCGCAAAUACCCUACGAUCUUUCACUCGCUCAGGCGUCUGCGAUACUCUUUGUUCUGUUUACCACUGGUGCGGUUUGCAAUGCUGGGAGGGCGUUCUUGAUGCGGAUGUCAGGCCAACGAAUAGUCGCCCGUCUGAGAGAACGUACUUAUGCUGCAGCCCUGCGGCAGGAGGUCGAGUUCGUGGAAAAGGGCGAGGGUGAUGUCCUCAGCAGGCUGAGCGCGGAUUCGAGUAUUGUCGGAGAGAGCGUCACGAACAACCUCUCAGAUGGUCUCAGGGCAUCCGUCAUGUCUAUUGCGGGGCUGGGCGCAAUGUUCUACAUCUCUCCGCAGCUGACCCUCCUUAUGCUUGGCAUCGUGCCGCCUGUUUCUUUGGGAGCUUGGUUCUAUGGUCGCUAUCUGAGGCGUUUGUCAAAUAAAACUCAAGAGGCGCUAGGAGAAAUGACAAAGGUUGCCCAAGAGUCAUUGUCAGCCCUCCGGACCGUGCAAGCGUACAAUGCCGCCCCGCAGGAAGAAAAGAAGUUCCACAGCAAGGUUACGGAGGUCCUGAAGCUAGCACGCAAGGAAGCCAUCGCGAGCGGGAUAUUCUUCGGAAGUACGGGUUGGAGUGGUAACCUAACGAUGCUUGGCCUGCUCGGAUACGGCGGCUCGCUCGUUUCAGAAGGCAUGAUUACGGUCGGCAACCUGACAAGUCUAUUGCUCUACACCGUCUACGUAGGCAGCGGCCUUCAGAUGCUAACGACGUUCUUCUCUUCGAUCAUGCGUGGCAUUGGCGCCGGUACCCGAAUCUUCGAGCUCCUUGAUCGGGAACCCGUCAUCCGCCCGGAUACCGGUGUCCCACUUGAUCCUUCCAGACGCGGCACGGUGCGGUUUGAGAACGUUUCGUUUGAGUAUCCUACUCGUAAGGAAGUCCAAAUUUUGGACAAUUUUAAUCUGGAGAUUGGAGUUGGUGAGAGUGUUGCUAUCGUUGGAAAGAGCGGCGGAGGCAAGUCAUCGGUCCAGUCUCUUCUGCUGCGGUACUACGAUCCAGUGAAGGGUACGAUUACCUUCGAUGGGCAAGAUAUCCGGGAGUUCACGCCGUCUUCAUGGCGCCAUAUUAUUGGUAUAGUGCCCCAGGACCCGAUUCUGUUCACAGGCACCAUUGCCUCCAACAUUGCGUACGGUAAUGAACACGCAACACGGGAGAUGAUUGAGGCUGCAGCGCGGGAGGCAAACUGCGAGUUCAUCUGGGGGAUGCCGAAGGGCUUUGACACUGAAAUUGGACGUAUGAGUCUUAGCGGUGGCCAACGCCAGCGGCUUGCGAUCGCGCGUGCAUUACUGAAGAAGCCGGCGAUACUUGCUCUGGAUGAGGCAACAAGCUCUCUCGAUGCAACCUCAGAGCACCGGGUUAACGACGCCAUCGACAAGAUUCUGAUGGGCCGCCAGACGACUUGUAUUAUUGUGGCUCACCGGCUCUCUACAAUUGCGAGAUCUGAACGCAUCGUCGUGCUAGAAGAUGGGCGGAUUACAGAGUCUGGAACAUAUCGUCAGCUAGUGGCAAAUAAGAACUCGCGCUUCAGAGCAUUGAUGGCCGCCCAGCUUAACGCUGCCGCCACAGGCGAUGAAGAAGUACGUCUUCCGAGCCCUUGAUCAGCUUCUCAUACUUAGACUUGACGUCGACACAUUAUCUAAUCUUCUCUGCAGCAGCCCACCGCUCAAUUAUCGUAAUCACUUGCUAACGACUAUAGAACAAUCAUAUUUAUAGAUAUUGUUUGCUUGAAUUAAUGAGCUAUAUCACAUAUCCGAU